UCACGGGCUUUGUUCCAGCUCUAAGUCUCUAAUAGUCAUUGAAAGUAAUAUAAAGUCGCAAAAUUAAAAUAGUUUGAUAGUCGACGAAGUCCCACACAGUCUGCAAAAAUGUACCAGGAAUACAUGAACCAAUUGCAGGCCUCCCUUACGCCAAUGGGCUCCGAUGAGCUGAAGGAGCUGUUGAACAACGACGACAAGCUAGACGAAAAGGUGGACGAGGUGCUCCAAGGGCUGCGAACACAGAAGACCAGCGUUUUCGAGGACAAUCGGAGUCGAGCUGAGCGAAACAUAGAGCGGGAGCCACAGAUCAUAGAGCUGCGUGGUCACCUGGCAGAGCUGUCGGAGGAGGGACGCACUCGUUGCUCCUCUGUGCAGGAGAAGCUGUCCGAGCUCAAGGAAAAGUCAGGCGGAGUGGGUCCAGAAACGUCACUGGCACUGUUGCAGACCGCAGCCUCCGAGAGCGAGGAGCAGACCGAGGAGAUGAUCAAGAAGUUCAACGACAGCGAUCUCGGGGUUGAGGCCUUCCUGGAGGAGUUCCUCGCCAGCCGGCGGACCAUGCACCUGCGUCGCCUCAAGGCCGAGAAGAUGCAGGACCUUAUGCGCAAACAGCGCCAGGGUCCUCCGCCCAACGCUUCUUUGCCAACCUACGGAAACUUGCCCUCUGGCGGAUUUUAUCCUUCGGCAGGCGGCUCCGCUCCAUACCCCAUGAUGGGUCCCCUGAUGCCCAUGCCCCCGCCGACCAGACCCUACUGAGCUAUUGGCCUCUGUUCGUAGCAUAUUUAACUGCCACUGCGCAUCAACUUUCACCAGGCGAGUUUAUUCGAUCAGUUAUAAAUGUAAUAAACAAAAGUUUCUUUGUCAGGCUAGCUUUACGUUUCCUUUUUAGGGCUACAUUUCAAUGUCGUUCUUUUAGUUGCCAUCACUUUAAAAGAUAAAAACAGGUAUAAUGACUUAUUUGGCAAAACGGCGUACUAGUUUAGACAAGUUAAGUCUGAUCAUUUUAAUGCCAGCUUUAGGAUGUGAUACUAUCCGAUCAAAAUUGAUCUUCGCAAAAAAAUCAUUUUCCGAAAGCACCCAAUAUUCCAAAAAAGUAUCUUCAUAUAGUUAAAAACUGUGUUUAUUGUUUAAAAUUUCAGAAUCCUCACUUUAAGUACAUAUUGCUUCAGUUUCUUCUUCUGAUUACAGUGGGUUAUUUGCAAAUCAGAGGGAACGUUCUAGCUGCUUUAAAAUUAACGUUUGAGGUGCUCUACAUCUCUGCCUGCACUAAACUAUGAUAAUAUAUAUGUAUAUGUAUAAAUUAAGCGAAAAUUAACAUUAAUAUUAGACAGUGAACAUUUCUUGUUAAAAAUAAAUUUUUUGGAUAAAAAUAUGAAA